AUGGCGCAAUAUCUUCAACUAAUUUCCAAUACCUCAUCGCCUACCCCGCUUGAUGUCUGGAUGCCAAGUGACAAUUAUAUCAAACCACAAAUUGCAGAUCAGAUAGCCUUGGGUUAUUUUAGAAAUAUUAAGGAUGGUGCAUAUUCUUUAGAAGUUGAAACCUAUUACAAAAAAAUUCAAAACAGAUUGGAUUAUAUCGAUGGUGCCGAUUUGAUUGCCAAUGACGCUAUAGAGCAAGUUAUCCUUAAGGGACGUAUGCGUUCUUAUGGUGUAGAAUUUAUGAUAAAGAAAAACGAAGGUAAACUCAAUGGAUGGAUUUCCUAUACGCUAUCAAAAUCACAACAACAAACUCCGGGAAGAACUCCUGAAGAGAUCGGAAUCAAUAAUGGACAAUGGUACAAUUCUGCCUACGAUAAAACACACAAUUUAGCAGUUACAUCGGCUUAUACCUUAAACGAGAAAUGGUCAUUUGGCGCUAACUUUGCUUUGCAAUCGGGUCAGCCUGUUUCGUAUCCAAACAGUCAAUACGAAUAUUUAGGAAUUACCAUCCCAAAUUACGGACAAAGAAACGAAAAUCGUUUGCCGGCGUAUCACCAUUUAGACAUUUCGGCAACGCUAACACCAAGAAAAAACAAAGACAGAAACUGGAAAGGCGAAUGGGUUUUUAGUAUCUACAAUUUAUACAACCGUCAUAAUGCCGCGUCUAUCAACUUUCGCCAAAAUGUUGACACCGGAGCCAAUGAAGCUGUACAAACCUCUAUUUUUGGAAUUGUUCCUGCUGUUAGUUAUAAUUUUAAAUUUUAA